GUCAAGAGAGAGAUAGAGAGGUAGACGAGGGUAGAGAGAGAAGAGAGAGUCGUCAAAUCGAGUGGCGAAGGGUUGGGUUUCUUCUCCUUUAUAUUUAUGUGGUGGUGGUGAUGGUUUACCCCUAGUGCCCAUAGCCUCAGACAAACAAGAGACAGACUUUCCAAGCAAACCCACAAUCAAUCAACACCAGAGGGGGAGAGAGAGCCACAGAGAAGACCAGAAGAAGCAUAAGGAGGAGGAGAGAGCUAGACCCAUCUCUAUUUGACACUUCCUUUCUCUUGUUUUUCUAUCUGCAAAUCUCUAUCUCUGCUUAUGGAUCCGUUCCAUCCGGUCUCCUUCAUCGUUGAGCUUAGGAAAGGAUUUGGGUAAGGCUUAUUGGGCGUUCCGUUAUUCUUUCCUUCUGAAGUCUUAUUGUGCGUUUGUGGUUUGUUUUUUUAUUCCCCAUUUUAAUAAAGAAUGAGCUUGUCGAAGAAAGGGAACCCUAUUGACAACAUAAAGCUGGAUUCGACUGCUAAGGUUACAACUUUGAAUCCAAAUGCAGCAGAAUUUGUUCCAUUCGCCCUCAGGUCAUCAUCUGGAAGCACCAGCACUGGAGAUGCAUCAGCAAGGUUCACUCCUUCUGGGACACUUGGUAAAGCAAAGCUAGAUCGAUCAGAAUCCUCUAUUUCUAAUAAUUCUGAUGAAGAGGCCCACCAAUACUGGCGUUGUCAGCUCCCUGAUGAUAUUACUCCCGACUUUAAGGUCAUGGGAGAAGAUGAAUCUCAGGCACUGGGGGGUCUCUCUUUGGCUGGUUUAUCCUUGCAUGAUAGCACUGAAACCUCGAGGUUCUCUGCUGGAAGUGGCUAUAUAUUGAAUGAGCAGCAGGAGUUAUCGCCACAUCAUGUUAACGGGAACAGCUUCACUGACAAGAUGAGAUAUUCUGCUUCACCCUAUGGGGAAGAUCCUUCUUCAGCCACUUUUCUGCAUUUGCCAAAUAAGCCCUGGGAUAAGCAAAUUGUGCACAGUGAUCAGCUUCUUAGCAAUGGUAGAGAGGGAACUCCAUACAAUGGAAAUUCUAGACAUGGAUUCGUAAAUGAUAUGUUGAAUGAACAUGCAAUAGUGGAUGAAACUGACAUGAACCCUUUAGAGUUUUUGGCUUUGCAAUUUCCUGGUUUUGCUGCUGAGAGCCUUACAGAGGUGUACUUCGCUAAUGAAUGCGACUUGAACAUGACUAUUGAGAUGCUUACUCAGCUUGAGCUUCAAGUCGAUGGUGGUUUCAGUCAGAACAUGAACUCAAAGACCUUGUCAGCUCCAAAUCUUAGUGGACUGGAUUUUCCUUCACUUCCAGUUCCGGAUGGUCAGAAUGGUUUACCAAAAUAUGCUGGUGAUGAUAUACAACAAGGAGUCAAUCCAUAUCGAUCUUCUGACAAGGACAAUCUGCUUAUGUUCAAAUCCAACUCUUCCAUCCCAUCAAGAGGUGCUACAGAUUUUGCUUCAGCUGUCCGGAAAUUGGCAACCCAGGAUUCUGGCAUAUGGAAGUUUGAUAGAAAUGGCACUGCUGAUGUCAAUGUUGGCUCAAGCAGAAGUUCACAUGUUUUGGCUAGUUCUUACAAUAGUGGACAUGGGAGAGGCACUUAUGGUGAUAGGUUACAAAAUCGUGGUUCAGCUCGAGUUGCUCCUGCUUGGGUUGAAACUGGAGAAGCAGUGGCAAAUAUGUAUUCUGAGCUGCGGGAAGAAGCUCGUGACCAUGCACGCCUACGUAAUGCAUAUUUUGAACAGGCUCAACAGGCUUACCUUAUUGGCAAUAAGGCACUAGCUAAGGAACUGAGCCUUAAAGGGAAGCUGCACAGCAUUCAUAUGAAGGCAGCUCAUGGAAAAGCUCAAGAAGCUAUCUAUCGUCAGAGGAACCCAGUUAGCCCAGAGCUACAGGGAAACGCACGAGGAGAGAGGAUGAUAGAUCUGCAUGGGCUGCAUGUCAGUGAAGCCAUUCAUGUGCUGAAGCAUGAGCUGAAUGUAUUGAGGAGCACAGCGAGGUCAGCAGAUCAGCGUCUGCAAGUUUAUAUAUGUGUUGGAACGGGCCAUCACACCAGGGGCUCUCGAACCCCUGCAAGACUUCCAGUUGCUGUACAACGCUACCUGCUUGAGGAGGAGGGUCUUGACUACACCGAGCCGCAGGCAGGGCUGCUUCGAGUUUGUUCAAAAGCCAAGCGUUGGGAUGAUGAUGAAUGCAUUCUAGCUGUUUGUAAAGUUCUCAAGACACACGGAAUCUUUGGUUUGAAGGGAAAUCAAAGCAAUGCAAUGCGCAAUGUACAAAGGCACUUCCAUAAAACCACAAUCUCCCCAUUCUCCAACACCCUCCCCACCUUCCUUUACCUCCAUUUCACCUCUCUCUUCAGCCCCUUCUCGUCGUCUUCACACUCAUCCUCCUCACAAUGGUUCUCUCUCCUCCGAACCGCCAUCUCAACCCACAACUUACUUCUGGGGAAAUGCACCCACGCCCGCAUUGUUGUUUCCGGCACCGCCGGCGACCAUUUUCUGACCAACAACCUCCUGACUAUGUACUCCAAAUGUGGGUCCCUCUCCUCCGCUCGCCAGGUGUUCGACACAACUCCCGACCGAGACCUUGUCACUUGGAACGCGAUUCUCGGUGCCUAUGCUGCGUCUGUUGACUCCAAUGACGGUAAUGCUCAAGAGGGGCUUCAUCUUUUUCGGCUUUUACGGGCGUCGUUGGGUUCGACUACUAGGAUGACCUUGGCUCCUGUGUUGAAGCUGUGUUUGAAUUCUGGGUGUUUGUGGGCUGCCGAGGGGGUUCAUGGGUAUGCGAUUAAGAUUGGGUUGGAAUGGGAUGUUUUUGUUUCUGGGGCACUUGUGAAUAUUUAUUCCAAGUGUGGGAGGAUGAGGGAUGCUAGGCUUUUGUUUGAUGGGAUGCGGGAAAGGGACGUGGUGUUGUGGAAUAUGAUGCUUAAGGGAUAUGUGCAAUUGGGUCUUGAGAAGGAGGCAUUUCAACUCUUCUCAGAGUUCCAUCGGAGUGGGUUGCGGCCUGAUGAGUUCAGCGUGCAAUUAAUUCUUAAUGGGGUUUCUGAAGUGAAUUGGGAUGAAGGCAAGUGGCAUGCGGACCAGGUUCAAGCUUAUGCUGCUAAAUUAUCUUUGUCUGAUGAUAAUCCGGAUGUGUUUUGUUGGAAUAAGAAAUUGUCUGAGUGUCUCUGGGCGGGUGAUAAUUGGGGUGCAAUUGAAUGCUUUGUGAAUAUGAAUGGAUUAAAUAUAGAUUACGAUGCUGUGACAUUACUUGUGGUUUUGGCUGCAGUUGCAGGUACAGAUGAUUUAGAAUUGGGGAAACAAGUCCAUGGCAUUGCAGUGAAAUCAGGUUUGGAUUCAGACGUCUCUGUUGCAAAUAGUCUUAUCAACAUGUAUUCAAAGAUGGGUUGUGUUUAUUUUGCAAGAGAAGUGUUCAAUGACAUGAAACAUUUGGAUUUAAUUUCAUGGAACUCAAUGAUAUCAAGCUGUGCUCAGAGUAGUUUAGAGGAGGAAUCAGUGAACCUAUUUAUAGAUCUAUUACAUGAGGGCCUAAAACCGGAUCACUUUACAUUGGCUAGCGUUUUGAGGGCUUGCUCCUCACUUAUAGAUGGCUUGAAUAUUAGUAGACAAAUUCAUGUUCAUGCUCUAAAAACUGGUAACAUUGCUGACAGUUUUGUAGCCACGGCACUUAUUGAUGUUUAUUCCAAGAGUGGAAAAAUGGAGGAAGCAGAGCUCCUUUUUCAAAAUAAAGAUGAUUUGGAUCUGGCAUGUUGGAAUGCAAUGAUGUUUGGGUACAUAAUAAGCAAUGACGGUAACAAAGCAUUGGAGCUGUUUAGUCUAAUCCACAAAAGUGGAGAGAAGUCAGAUCAGAUCACAUUGGCAACUGCAGCUAAAGCCUGUGGUUGCUUAGUGUUGUUAGAUCAAGGAAAGCAAAUACACGCUCACACAAUAAAAGCAGGGUUUGAUUCAGAUUUACAUGUCAAUAGUGGAAUUCUAGAUAUGUAUAUCAAAUGUGGAGACAUGGUGAAUGCAGGCAUCGUAUUCAAUUAUAUAUCUGCACCUGAUGAUGUUGCAUGGACAUCCAUGAUUUCAGGAUGCGUGGAUAAUGGGAAUGAGGACCAGGCUCUUAGGAUAUACCAUCAGAUGAGGCAAUCCGGGGUCAUGCCUGAUGAAUACACAUUUGCUACCCUCAUCAAAGCCAGCUCUUGUGUAACAGCAUUGGAACAAGGAAGACAACUGCAUGCAAAUGUGAUCAAGUUGGAUUGUGUUUCAGACGCUUUUGUCAGGACUUCACUUGUUGACAUGUAUGCGAAGUGUGGCAACAUAGAAGAUGCUUAUCGGUUAUUUAAGAAAAUGAAUGUGAGGAACAUCGCACUAUGGAAUGCCAUGUUAGUGGGUUUAGCUCAACAUGGGAAUGCUGAAGAAGCCAUUAACCUUUUCAAGAGUAUGAAAUCUCAUGGAAUUGAACCUGAUAGAGUCUCCUUUAUUGGAAUCCUUUCAGCCUGUAGCCAUGCUGGCUUAACUUCUGAAGCCUAUGAGUAUUUUCAUUCAAUGCUCAAUGAUUACGGUAUUGAGCCUGAGAUUGAGCAUUAUUCGUGUCUAGUUGAUGCCUUAGGGCGUGCAGGGCUCGUCCAAGAGGCAGAUAAAGUGAUUGAAACGAUGCCCUUCAAAGCUUCUGCUUCAAUGAAUAGAGCCCUUCUUGGUGCUUGUAGGACAGGGGAUGUAGAAACUGGAAAGCGUGUGGCUGCACGGCUCUUUGCUUUGGAACCAUUCGACUCUGCAGCUUAUGUUCUUUUGUCUAAUAUCUAUGCUGCUGCCAACCGAUGGGAUGAUGUAACUGAUGCUAGAAAAAUGAUGAAGAGGAAGAAUGUAAAGAAGGAUCCCGGGUUUAGUUGGAUUGAUGUGAAGAACAUGCUGCAUUUGUUUGUGGUGGAUGAUAGAUCACACCCCCAAGCUGAUAUAAUCUAUGACAAAGUAGAGGAAAUGAUGAAAACAAUCAGAGAAGAUGGAUAUGUUCCUGAUACGGAAUUCGUGCUGCUUGAUGUAGAAGAUGAGGAGAAAGAGCGGUCUCUCUAUUACCAUAGUGAAAAGCUUGCGAUAGCUUAUGGACUUAUAAGCACUCCUGCAUCAACCACAAUCCGAGUGAUUAAAAACCUUAGAGUUUGUGGGGAUUGCCAUAAUGCAAUCAAGUACAUAUCGAAAGUUUUUGAAAGAGAAAUUGUGUUGAGAGAUGCAAAUCGCUUCCACCAUUUUAGAGAUGGAGCAUGCUCUUGUGGGGAUUAUUGGUAAUGUAUGUAGGCUUGUUUGGUUCGAUUUUUAAGAA